AUGCAUACUGGACGAAACAUAUUGUUUGGAGGAGGACCAGCGCAGUCGGAAUCUGCUCCCUUAAUAUCUGGCUCGUCAACCCCUGCUGACCCGUAUAACCCACCGCCUUCAACCCAUGUUGUCGGUUCUUCUCGAAAUGAUGAAGUGAACCCUACUCCUCCCUCUAUGUCGUCAUCCUCAAGAAGACAUAGCGACCGCCGAUGGGAUCAUAUCGAUAAUUUGGACAGGUUUUUCACACUUGUUUACGAAUAUCAUCAAGGAGGAGGGUUUGUGACAAUCGCUGUGAAGAAAGUGCUCGGUUUAGCGCAGUUUGUCUUCGUUGUGACGUUUUCCACAUUCUUCCUGCAGUGCAUCGACUAUGAUGUUCUCUUUGCCAAUAAGAAUGUUUCAACUACGGGUACCACACUUACGGGAAAACGAAGCUUUAACGAUGCUGUCAUUGAAAACUGUGCAGGUCAUCUUCAUCCGCUCGUAAUUCUCUCUUUACUCGUCGCACUGGUUUUCUGGAUAUCUCGUGUAAUCAAGACAGCCUAUUAUUUGUUGCAGCUACAUGAAAUACAAUUGUUUUAUCAUUCUGCCUUACUUAUCGAAGACGCUCAACUAUCGAAUCUCACAUGGCACGCAGUUGUAAUGCGUAUUUGUGAGGUUCAAAAGCGACUUCAGCUGAUUGUCGAUCGUGAUCAUGUGUCACCUAUUGACUUGUAUAAUCGUAUACUCAGGUUCAAAAAUUAUCUCGUCGCAUUGGUUAAUAAGCGAGUCCUACCACCGGUAAUCAAUGUGCCUUUUGUUGGUUCCGUUCCAUAUUUCCCCAAUGGACUCAAAUCUAAUCUACGGCAGUAUAAGGAUCUUGAUAACCUCGAAACGCUAACAAGGCAAAUGGAAAAGGACGUUGCUAUGUACGGCUUUUUGAAUCUCAUGUUCUUUCCCUUGAUAUUUCUCUACCAAAUUCUCUACUCAUUCUUUACACUUUCUGAACUUAUCAAGAGGCGUCCUGAUGCACUUGGUAUACGAAGAUAUUCAAACUACGGCAGGUAUCGAGUGAGACAUUUCAAUGAACUCACACACGAGCUAAACGCGCGACUGAACAGAUCGCAUGUUUAUGCUAAUGCCUACAUGAAUCAGUUUUACUCGACAUUAACCGAAGUUUUCGCAAAGAAUGUUGCUUUUGUUGCUGGAGCCAUCGCUGGUGUGCUAGCCAUACUUUCCGCUUGGGACGAGGAUGUGUUGCAGAUCGAGCAUGUUCUUACUGUGAUUUCUGUGUGUGGUGUAGUUAUGGUGAUAUGUCAUGGGAUGAUUCCCGAUGAAAAUCUUGUGUGGCAGCCGGAAGUGUUACUUGCUCAUGUCACUAGCGAAUUGAAUUACGUACCAGCAGAAUGGAAGGGUCAGGUCAGUCAAAUAAUCACAUUAUAAUU